AUGGCACCUCCGGUCAUCACCUUAAGUCAUCCAUUUAUAAACGGAUGUAAAAAUUUACCCGAUGAUAAAGACGAAGAACUGAAAGAAAUCAGGUAUUGGGUAUCGACUCAGCCUCACCUUCCGCCAUUGAAAGAUGAACACUUGUACUUGUUCCUUCACAGCAAUUACUACGAUUUAAAUGCCACGAAGAACACGAUCGAAGCUUAUUUCACUAUAAGGUCAACGUCGCCGGAAUUAUUUUCUUCUAGAGCAUUGAGGAUUCCACAAAACGAAUUAACCUGGAAUAUUACGAACAUGGUACCGGUACCGAAAACGACUCCGGAGGGUUACAACGUUCUUAUAUAUAGAUUAUCCGAUGCGGACACGAGCAAACUUCAAUUCGUCGAUGCCAUGAAAGGUUUUUUCCUUUUCAACGACAUCCGGUUGUCCGAAGACGGUUUAAGUCCCGGUUACAUAGUCAUUUUCGACAUGAAAGACGUUUGCCUGAGUCACCUCGCGAAAAUAAGUUUGAGCGCUGUGAGAAAAUUCAUGCACUACAUUCAGGAAGGUCAUCCGGCAAGGUUGAAAGGAGUUCACGUCAUCAAUGCUGUUGCUUUUAUGGAUAAAAUAUUAGGAAUCGUUCGACCUCUCAUGAAAACGGGUUUGAUCAAAUUGCUGACCAUACACGGAAGCAACUUGUCGAAUCUUUUCAAAAUAGUUCCGCAAGAAAUUUUACCGGACGAUUACGGCGGUCAAGCGGAAUCCAUGCAAAAAUUACACGAUCAGCAUAGAAAAUUAGUAGAAGGAAAUUACGAGAAAUGGAUCGACGAAAGUGAAAGAUAUUACAUCACAGACGAAUCAAAACGUCCCAAAUCUUCGUCUAAAAAAGAAUGCAUAGUCGCGAGAAAUUUGUAUUUUUUUUUUAACCCGAUGGGUUUAUUGAUAACGCGUGCGUUUACUAAUAACGCGACGUGCGUUAUCAUCAUUUGCCCGGAUUUGUUUCGGUUUCGCAAAAUUUUCACGUAUUUUAUUCGACAUUUUCCUCACGUCGUAAUUUUUUUAUAG